CAGCAGGAGGAGGAGGGCAAGAUCGUAUCCCGUUUUCCCCGCGGCUGUGAGCUCUGUCUCCGGACAAGAGCCUUACUUGGUUUUGUCUGUCAUCUUGCUGUAUGCUGUGCCAGUCAUGUCGGCGAGUAAGAAAGGGCAUAAGGCAGCGGCUGCAUUGUACGUACCCCGACACCGCCGAGGUGCUCUGGAAGAACCAAACAACCAGGAAACGGUACCAGCCGAGGCCACUGAGAUUAAAACUGAAGUCCAGAAUUCACCAGCAUCCAGUCGUUCGUCAAGUCCUGUACGACAGCGUUCUACACCUUCCGGUACGCCAGUACGCAAGGGACGUGGGCAAUUUACUCGCAUAUCAAGUCAUGAUGGGGACAAGAAUGCCGAGGAGAAAAUGGGUCGUCGCGAACGGGCAGCACCUACUAGAGUGUAUCCUCAAUGGCAACAUGAUAUAGAUAGUGCCAAGGAAAAUGGCGGCGGACAAGCUGCAGCCCAAUCCGCGAAACGACUUUCUGAGAAAUUAGGCAAAUUAUCACUCCAAGACGAAUCUUCAACAUCUAGUGUUGAUGGAGGUUCAGCUAAACCCGAUAGUGACUCGGAGGAAGACGAUUGGGAACGACUCGAUGAAGAGGAUCAAAUCAUACCAGUAAUGGUACAACCCGACACCGAUAACACUAGAUCAACCACCCGUGUCGCCGGAACAGUUGAAGACUUGGAACCAUUAGAUGGCCCAACGACUGUGCUCGAUGUGUAUGAUUUUCCUGCAGCUUUCAAAACACAUGAUAUCGAAGAAAUCUUUCAAGACUUUAGCCACUCGAGGGGAGGAUAUCGGAUCAAGUGGAUUAGCGAUACCCAAGCCUUGAUAAUUUUUCAACAUCCUGAUACAGCAAAGGCAGCCUAUGCUGCCGCAUUGGGCAAUCCCUUCAUCAAGGUCAAACCUUACACUGGAAAGGUAUCGAGGGACACGGCAUCUGACCGACCAUUGGCGCCUCGGCCCAUCAUGACAGAUAUGGUCGCAAGGCGUCUCGUAGCCGGUGCUCUUGGAGUACGUUCAAAACGAAAGACAGAGGAAGAAGCGGCGAGGGAUAGACAGAAAUUGCAGGAAGCAAAAGAUAAACGAGAGGAACAGAGGAAAGCUAAAGAAGCAAGAGAAAAGGAAAUUGCGGCGGCCUGGGAUGGGUGAUGCGCAGAUUUUCAACUGCCUUCCUUCACCCGAUUUAUUUGUCCAUGGGUAGUGACCCGUUCGUGCCGUCCCCGCCAUACCUUUUCCCCGCAGAAUUGGCGUGCGUCGUUGUCGUCAACUGUCAAAUACCUCUGAGGCUCAGGGGCCCCGCAACUCUUCACCACUUUGCCCGUGGAUACCCGUCCAAUCACUUUAUUUUGCACGUUCGCAUUAUGUAUUUAAUCUCUUCUCUUAGACUAUGGCCCCCAUGCGAAAUGUGAGACCUAAGCGCUUAUGCAAAAUAUUCUCAAUAAAUAAGUAUCACUAUCCCA